AUGAGCAGUUCUUCCACAUACAUGGCGGGGGCUCCUUACGUGCACCCUUCGUUAUUCGCAGCGCAUUUGGAAUCAUUUGCCAACGAGCGGCACGCAGCAUCAACUGCUAACAAUACCAAAAUUACCUACCCAGUUUCGUCGUCUUCCCAGAAUAGCAGUAACAACAAUGGCCCCGGUGCUACUGCGUCAAACUCGUCGUUACCGUCUGCGGCGCUGGACUAUAUUGUAAACCCCUUCACUAGAAUCAACGACCGCACGUACUUCCGCGACCCCGACAAUCCUUACCCGCUCCCAUGCGACCUAGCCGAAAUACACCGUCAAUCUCUUCGGACGAUGACUCUUAUCCGCGUUUUCGGUACUCCUUUCUGCGCACCUCAGCUGGAGAAUCAGCCAUCGAAGAAAGUGCUGGAGAUCGCGUGUGGUUCGGGCCUUUGGUCGCAUGCAUGUCACGACUACUUCCUGGAACGCGAUGGCAGUGAAUCCUCCCAGAAUAAAAAUAAUGAUAACAGCAACAAUAAUAUUGAAAGGGUCACGGCAUCGUUUACAGGGCUUGAUAUAGUCCCAAUUGCCCCCAAUUUGCGCCGAAAAGGAGUGGAUUGGAACUUCGUCCGACACGAUAUGCGCAAGUCAAGCUUGCCCUUCCCAUCGGAGCAUUUUGAUUUUGUGUUCAUCAAGGAUGCCGGUCUUUGUCAAUCAGCCACGGCGCAACAAGUCGAUCUUCUCGGUGAGCCUUUGCGUGUGCUCAAGCGCGGUGGCAUUCUCGAAGUCUGGGAUUCUGACCAUGUCUUCCGUGCUCUUCUGCCUAACCCUACUCCGCCGCCAAAGUUAUCUGAGAAAGACCGAAACCACGCCGAUAAUACCGCAACAUAUACCGUUUCACCGGCGACACCCUUCGCUGCGGCGCAAAACAAGUAUUUGCUCGACUACAAUUCAUGGGUCGAAAAAGCGUUCGAGAAACGAAAACUCACGCCAAUGCCGUGCGCUACCAUCGGCCUUUCGUUCACAGCCGAGGCAGAUGCGUUUCAAAGCGUGGGAAGUCGUCGCAUUGCAAUCCCGCUUGGGGGAGAGGUACGAUGGGAGCAGACUGGCAAGCGAAAUAAGCUGAAUGCCGACCAGCUGGCUCUGCGACAAACAGCCCUCAUAACUAUCAUUCAAAUGAUAGAAGGAAUGGAGCCAAUCUUGAGGGAGGCCAGUGGAAAGAGUCGGGACGAAUGGGACAGAUGGUGGGCUGCGAUGACGACUGACUUGCUGCAUAAGAAUGGCCUUGCUAAUGGCGAGUGUCUCGAAGUGGGCGCUUGGUGGGGACAGAAGAGGUAA